AUGUCUAAGCACCGACUGUCCCCAGCGCCUCUGCCCCCUGCAAAGAGGCUACAUAAUUCUCGAAUCUCGUCACAGGAGCAUCGGCUUAUCACAGCAUUUGAUGAUGCGCUCUAUGAUGAGCUCAUUCUCUUUAUCUUCUCGUUCUUGAACUCCCGAGAUCUAUGUGCCAUGCAUAGGACGAACAGAAACUGUGCGAGGCUCGCGAGCGACAACCAGCUCUGGAAAGCCCUGUUUGUCAGAGAGUAUGGCAAAACACGGCUGAGGGGUGGCAAGGGGUUUUAUGGUCGCACUGAUGGAAGAUCAGUUAAACCGCUUCCCUCGAGAGCUUCUGCAUCUACGUCGUCAGCUGAUGACGCUCUUGACUGGAAGUGGAUGUACCGCAUCAGCUCGAACUGGAAGAAUGGACGUUGUGCUGUCGAGAACUUCAGUGACGCUGAGGGAACAACUCUAGCACCGUCGCCAGCCUUUCCUCGUCAGCACGUUAUAUUGGCAGGCGGGUUCACCAUAUCCUCGUCGAAGCCCUGUGGGUCCUCUCUGCUAAUACGGGACAACAGUGGAGUAUCGCGCACUCUGCUUUGCAGGUCUACUCUAGCUACAUCUAUAGUGGAAAUAUCUGCUAUAGCACUCGAUCAAUCUCCACCUUCCUUAUCUUCCUCACAUAUCAUACGCCUGGCUGCUUUCCUGACAACUGGAGAAUUCAGUAUAUUCGAACAUGAUCACUCUUCCCUGUCCUUAGCCACAACUCCAAAGCAAACCUACGUCCCUUCGUCCCUGCACCGUACUUCUCCGGUGACCCACGCAGCCUACAAUCAUCCGUUGCUCGUCACGUUGUCGCAUUCAUUUACGCUCAUGAUAUACGACUUGAGCAAUGAUUGUAUCACCCACACUCAGACACUUACAUCCUUCACCAGUCACCCGCCCACGUCACUUGUACUUUCCACUAUACCCUCAGCAGCCUCGUACAAACUUAUCAUGGCCUACGCUAUCCCCGUUUACCCUGCUCACUGGAGUGUGGGUGCCACAGAACUUAUUAUAUCUCCAUCGGGCAUUUUACCACGUAAACGGGCAUUCGCUAUGUCCUCCAGCGAGUCAUCACCACAGGGGGCUUUUGAAGUGAGCGUCACCAGGUCUACCCGUGCUUUUGACGUCCCGCAAGGGUGGAUAGACGAACGAAAGCUGCAGCUUAUGCGUGACCAAUGGGGCCGGAAAGUGAAACAAGUCGCAGAUACACAAACGGAUGGAAAAUGGGUCGUUCUAGCCCCUGGGGAUGUAACCAAUAUCUCUCCGACAUCCCAUGGGCCUUCAGAAGGUACAGCGCCCCAACAGGGACAGCCACAGCCACUCCCAUACAUCUCACCUCCGAGCCACUCAUCGAGUCACCUUCAAUUAUACCGCCUUCAUGUACCCCCAAUUUCGAGUUCAUCGGUCCAUACACCGAGAUUGACGUUUGUCCGGACUCUACAUGGACCUUUGGGCCCUGUUUCCGCGCUUUCUCUUGCAGAUGGGCGCUGCGUUAGUUUGAAUGCAAACGGAGCGAUUUGGGUGUGGGACCUCGAGGGCGGAGAUGGGACUGAAGUCGCUGGGCCUGUCGAGGGCAGUUUUGCGGGAACAAACAGUACAAGUACAUAUGGUACCAUUGCAUUCGAUGAGCGAAGGAUCGUCAGUGCUGGUAUACGGGGUAUCGAGGAACGACGGUUCGAUAUUUAA